AUGAAGACGGAAGAGGCUCCGUCCUGCCUGCAGCAGGCAACGCCGGUCCUGGGCUUCGGUUCGGACUCCAAGAUGCGGGAGGUGUGCGCCGGCUGCGACACCCCCAUCUCCGACCGGUUCCUCCUGCGAGUCAACGAGCGCUCCUGGCACGAAGGUUGCGUGAAAUGCGCCGUCUGCCUGCAGCCGCUCUCCGGGACCUGCUACUGUCGCAACCGGCAGCUCUACUGCAAACACGACUACGAGAAGCUGUUCCAGACCAAGUGCAGCAGCUGCUUGAAGGCGAUCGCCCCCUCCGAGCUCAUCAUGCGGGUGCUGGAGAACGUCUACCACGUUCACUGCUUCUACUGCUGCGAGUGUGAGCGGCGCCUGCAGCGGGGAGACGAGUUUGUGCUCAAGGAGGGGCAGCUGCUGUGCCGCAGUGACUAUGAGAAGGAGAAGGAGAUGCUGAGCGCUAUCAGCCCGGCACCCACCGAGUCUGUGAAAAGCGAGGAUGAAGACGGCAGCCACUCGCACGGCAAAGGCAGCGAGGAGAGCAAAGACCACAAGCGCUCCAAGCGCCCGCGCACCAUCCUUACCACACAGCAGCGUCGGGCGUUCAAGGCCUCGUUCGAGGUUUCCUCAAAACCUUGCAGAAAGGUAAGAGAGACCCUGGCAGCCGAGACGGGCUUGACUGUGCGGGUGGUACAGGUCUGGUUCCAGAACCAGAGAGCCAAGAUGAAGAAGAUUGCUCGCAGACAACAACAGCAGCAGCAGCAACAGCAGGAGCAAGACCAGCUGGGCAACCCUCGCUUAGGGACCGGGAGAGGGACCGGUCGCAACAGCAGGCAGAGCAACGACGACAGCGAAGACGGCGCAAGCGUUCACGGCCUGGAUGGGCUCAUGGUCCCCUACCCCAGGAUCCCCCAGCAGCAGCUGCUGCCCCUGGAUCAGAACGGCUACAGCACAGACCUGUACAGACAAGGGCUGACGCCGCCCCAGCUGCCAGGAGACCACCUGCACCCCUACGACUCAGAAGGAGUUUUUCACGAUAUGGACAGUGACAGCAUCAGCCACCUGGGAGACUGCCUGCUGUCAACGGCUGAAGCCAACCUCCUCCAAGCCCGCGUGGGCAACCCCAUUGACCGACUCUACUCCAUGCAGAGCUCCUACUUCACAUCCUGACCAUAGAAAAGCUCCCGACUCUUCACGAGUAUCUCGGAUGGAUGCUGCUUCAAAUUCAGAACGAGGGCGAGGGAGAAGAAACAAGACUGAGACCUUCAGAGACAUUCGUUGAGCACUGCACAACGGAGCAGGCAACUAGGUCUGCCACACAUACAAGCACUAAUACACGGAGACCUUUCACAGCCUGAAGGACUUUGGAUCGCCUCUCUCCUUUUUUCUAGCCACGAGUAGAUCGAUGGUAUGAUGUUGUUUAGCUGUAACUUUAGCGGUUUGUCCAGUGUUUAAGCUUUUGAGCAUUAUGUCCUGCAAACAAAGACUGGCCAAGCUAACCAGAGCUGCCCCUAGAAGUAGGAGGUGCCCUUCCCACAAGAACUCCAUUUAUUCCAGCCUCGGUCACAGCUGAGCUGCUCGCUGUGCCGUUUUGCCUCAUUUCCCAAUCCAGAUACAGGCUUCACGGGACAAGGUUAAUUUUCAACAGUAAAAUCCAAGGUCCUGAGGCAUCUCUAAAUGAUGCCGCUGCUGCUUCAGAGAUUUUCUUCACGGUUGUCGACCAGUUGGACCAGGACAGGUUUUUUUCAUGUUUGACACUUGGGAAAUGCACACUAGUUUGGCCCCUGGUUGAAACGGCUACGCUCGGGUAUCUGCUUCAAGAAACAACAGAAUAUUUAUCCUCUGUCGUGUUCAGGGGUGCCAAGAGAAGCCUAACACACCCACAGUGAGUUCUCUAUCACCUUUACGUCUGUCUUUUUCUGAAGGGGCAGUUUUACUCCCUGUUUGGACAGACCAAAGACAUAUUCUCACAAAAUCACAGCUGCCAGCCACACUAAUUUCUGCCAGUUUCUUUUUUAAAACAGCAAAGUGAAACGCUUUUACUCUAAAAAUAUCCCUGCUAGAAAGCCCUGGCUCUGUCGGUCUGUCCACAGAGGGAUUUCCCACCCUGACUGUGCUCCCGGUCCACUCAAGGCAUCCCAGCACCUCGCUUCCCUCCCACAAGCAAUGAGAGAAAGAAACUGGAUUGUGUUACGCUACCACACAUCCCCGCCAAGUCACUUAACUCCAAGAGGUUAGUUUUCGCUUCGAGGGCAACCCCGGGGUGACGUCAGGACUCAGCCAAGAGAAAAGGGUGUCUCCACUGAGGGCCGAAAGGAAUAAUCCAUGUCCUCUUACCCAUCAUCAUGCCACGAGGCAGGCGAGUUACGAGAAGCAGGUGGGCACUAAUAUGCGUACCCACAAAAAAGGGCAAGAAAGAGAGAGCAGAGAAUGGACGCCUGAAUUGUUACCAAAGGGAAAUUCUUUAUUCUCCUGCUGAAGACCCAAACCUGGGAUUUUGUUCUUUGUAUACGUGAAGGAUUGCCGGUGUUCCGGGAAAGGUCGGGCUUUCCCAUGAGCCUGCUUGCAGCAUGCCAGCUGAAGGAGUACCGUCCUCCAGAACUGACCUGCCCCUGUCUAUUUGAACUGAACAACAGGCAAGCAACUUCCAAAGGAAAUAAGGACUUAUUUUUAAAUCUUGGACCUCCGGAGUUGUGAGUCUGGAGCGGUGCAACCCAAAAACCUGGCUGACUGAUGUUUCUGUAGGUGGUGUUUUCCUUCUAAGCCUCCACAGGCUUCUCAGUCUGAUUUCAAAGGUGUGUAGCCUCUCAAAUGAAACAAACAAAAAAAAGAAAUGGCUAAUUUUUGUUGUCUGCCGUUACAGAGGAAGAUUCCCAGGAACUACAUAAUCCUGGAUUUGGGGAUGAAAGGAGAUGAUACGUUUUGCUUUUUAUUAGGAUUUUUCACCUUCUCAACUACUUAUAGAGACCUGACCUAAAGAAUGACGUGUAACAGAACCACAGCCCUUAUAAAGAUCCCUCGGCCGUUGCUUCACCUUUAAUAAAGCUGUGUGAACGUGACACGUGCUGAUGUGCAGUCACUUCCCGUUGCGUUUAGUGCCGGGUUCUGUAGCUGGACUUGCCUUCGCUCUCAGUAUCAAUGUCUCUCCCCAGAAGGCAGUCGUGUACAUAGCUUACAGACACUUUGACAUUUCUUUUUAUGAGGGGAGGGGGAGCCUUGCGCAGAAACAACUAUUUAUGACGUAUGUUUGCCCAGAUAGACAAGUUCUAGACGAAGCUGCUGCCGCUGGGUGACUCCCACCUUUGUUGCGUGGUCAUCCACCCCUAAGAAUCGAAACGGGAAAACUCCUAAAGCUGUAUGUUACUUCUAGAGGCUCCUGCACUAGAGGCGGUCUCAGUUUAGGCAAAGUUUUAAGAGAAUGUUACAGUGAACUAUGUGCAAAUCAAUGUUUCUCCCAAAUACCAGAGCCAGCUUCACCCACUGAACCCCCACCCUCUCUUCCUUGUGCUCUAGUGCUGUGAUGUGCCGAUGUUUUUUUUUUUUUUGC